AUAGCUCACAGACGCCAUCCAUCCAUCCUUAUCCACAGACCACAGCCGCCACACUCCCACCCACCGUCAGCGCCACCGCACACCAUCUCCUUGCCACCACCAUCCCUACCUCUGUCGCAUCCACCUACUGCCACUGGCCCCCGUCACGUGGCCACGCCUCCUCAGCCUCAUCGCCGCCUUCCUCCUCCCUCUCCCUCUUGGUCCAGAGGCAGCAGCGGCGCAGGGGCGGGUUAGCGGCUCCCGGCCCAGCGGCUGCAUUGCGGCUCCUCGACGCAGCGGCUGCCCAGCGGCGCGGCGGCUCAGGACCUCCACGACGGCGAGGAGCGGCAGCGGCCUCCCUCUCACCCCUCCCUCUCCCUCUUGGUCCAGAGGCAGCAGUGGCGCAGGGGCUGGUCAGCGUCUCCCGGCCCAGCGGCUGAGCUGCGGCUUCUCGACGCAGAGGCGCGGCACGGCUCAGGAUCUCCAUGGCGGCGAGGAGCGGCGGCGGCCUCCCUCUCACCCUUCUCUCUCCUCUCAUAUCCUAUGUGAUGUGAUUUAUUUUGUGAUUUCCACCUCUUCUCUCAUCUUAUGUGUGAUUUAUUUUGUGAUGUGAUUAUUGGAUUGUCUCCUGUGCUUGAUUUAUUUUGGGAUGAUUUUGUAAUGAUUCCGAUUGGAUUGGGAUUUAGUUUUUGGGUUAGAUUUGUGAUGAUUUGGGAUUGGUUGUGGGAUGUUCAGAGCGGACGCUCGUUGACAGAUGAAGCGGAAGAAGGUGCUUCUGCUUUAGUUUUUAGGGAUUUGGGAUUUGUUUGUGUAUUUCUUUGUAGUGUCGAUCUUGUAACAGCGAAUGGGAAACUGAUUUUCUGGGAUUAUCGGUCGGUUUUGAUGUUGUGAUUUGUCCUCCAAUUAUAAUUUUGUAUCCUCUCAGAAUUUUUUUUCUUUGGCCGCUGUACACGAUUGCGUUCACACGGAGAGAGAGGGCACCGCUCAGUCAGACAUUUACGGAUGAAAAAUUUGUGACGAAAGGAAAAAUACUAAUCUUUUAGUUAGUUAAGAUGUGACACAUGCUAUAGGCUAUAUUCGUUGAACUAGGAUGUAUCAUAUCUCACUAAAAUCUCUUAUAUUUAGGGACGGAGGGAGUAUAACUUGAUGAAGGAAUUAUCAACAUUAUUGCUUUGAAACUGUUGAAUACAAAAUGAAAUCCUAGAAUUUGCGUAUGUCUGAUUAGAAAAUGUGACAAUGCCAAUGUAGCAGGUAAUUUCUUUUAGAAGGUAAUUUCUUUUAGAGUAAAUUUCACAAAACCACAUCUCUACCCAUACUAAUACUACAUUCAGUGGUUCAACAACAGUGGCCGCAUUAAGGUAACACAAUUGGUGAGAUUAAAUUUUGCAAUUGGUUAUUACUGUGAUUUUGUUGAUUGCGAUGUCGUACCUAUGCAUGCUUGCUCCUUGCUCCUUGCUGUUGGGUAGACUUUCACAAUAUGAUAAAAACACGUUGCAUCAUGGUAGAACAAAAUCAAUACUCCUUUGUGCAUAAUAGAAAAAAAAUUGUGUUGCAUCCUAUGACUCUUGAAGCUGUUUUUGAGAAUGAUGUUGCUAGAGCUAAGAAAGAGAAAAAUGUUGAGCAUGCUAAAAGUGAAAAUCAGAUUGUAGCAAAAGAACUUGUACAACAUAACAAGAAAGAUUCUAAAUCUGAACAUGGUAAGGACAAUGUGAUUAAAUCGAAAGGUCCUUGUUUGCUUGCCACUAAAUCUGAUAUUGUCAAUUUGGAUACGAGUGACACUAUUUGCUAUGCUCUCAUUUGUAAAGAGGCCUUGUUUCCUUUUGAGAAUAUGCCUAUCUCUUUUCUUCUUGUGGUCACUAAUUUUUUGCAGAAGUAUUAGGAUGUGUUUCCCAAGGACGUACCACCAGGGCUGCCACCGGUGCGUGAAAUUGAGCAUCAGAUCAACUUGUUGGUAACAAAGAUAGAAAGGAAUUGAAUUUUGAACCUGGAGAUUUGGUUUGGUUGCGUUUGCGAAAAGAAUGGUUUCCUAAUUUGAGAAAAUCUAAAUGGAUGCCUAGAGCUGAUGGACCUUUUAAAGUAUUAGCAAAGAUUAAUGAGAAUGCAUAUAAGCUUGAUUUGCCUGUAGAUUUUGGGGUUAGUCCCACAUUUCACAUUGCAAAUUUGAAACCGUAUUUGGGAGAAGAAGAUGAGCUUAAGUCGAGGACGACUCCAAUGCAAGAAGGGGAGGAUGAUGAGGACAUCAACACCAUCGAUACAUCCACGUCCCCACAAGUACAACUUCAUGAUCCUAUUACCCGCGCUCGUGCACGUCAACUCAACUAUCAGGUGAGUUCAUUCUUGAAUUCAUGUUCUUCUUGUUUAUACCCCGGAGAUGCGUGCACUCUUGUUUUACUCAGGAACGAUGGGGAGGAUCCAAACGGGGAGAGGAUUCGCGCGGGGUGGAUUCGGACUGCAGGAUAGCGCCAACAUCUGACGGCCGGCACGACUUCAUGCGAACUCCGAUUUGGGCGUGCAAGUACUUCAUGGAAAGCUUAUCAAGUCUACUUUCAAAUGGAUCCAUUCCCAUGUCCAUAUCUGAUCUGGAGCAGCUGCAAUCAUCAUUUUACUGUCGAGUACUUUUCUGUCCACGAUGUUGCGUCACCUCAUUUGGGCCCAAUGUGCUGUAUAUCAAGUUGGGCCCAUUAGGGGUGCGUCCUAGGGUUAGAGCACGACACCAACACCCCUGUGGUCGUUCUCCCCCUCUUCUUAUACCUUUAGCCGCCGCCAAGAACACUUGGGCUUUGUUUAGAUCAAAGUAUAGCGUCGCUACUUGGCCGAGUUAAUCCCAUGACCAGUUAGAUCCCCGGAUUUCUUGUUGCUGAACUCCACUUGUGCUACUUCUGUUGAUCUGAUCCAUCAUCUUUGAUUCGCAAAUUGAGUUGCUUGUUCAUCUUGUUCUUGCUAGUUCUCGAUUGCUUGCAGGAACAAUUACCCUUGUGGUUGGGCUGAUCGUGCAUUCCAUAGAGAUUUGGUGUAAUGAUUGCUAAGAUGCAACAUCCCUUGAUAGAUGUAGUCGGACCGCCAACGCCACUCCAUCCUAUCGACUUAUCCUCUCAUCGAAAGAUCAGGCCAACAACAGCCUUGAGUGUCGAGUGAAACUCAAGGUUUAUCAUUUUGGGAAGGGACUCGUUGAUUUCUGCUGCUAUUUUCUAGUGCUUUUGUAGAUCUUGUUGGCAAGAACUUCAGCGUUGGCUAGAAGGUCUCUUGCAAGAACAGUGCGAUGCUCUUCUUGUAUGGGAGCUUUUUGACUGGAGAUGAGACCGUUGAUCUUAAGAAUGGCCUCACAUGUUGCAUCUACAAUGUGAUUUCAAUGCUCACCAUGGAGAUGGCCAGAGUCUCGGCCGUGAACACAAAGACAACAAGAUAUUUGUUGGUAUUUCUUAUGAUCACAGAUAAAUCUGCAAGCGUACAGAAUAUACCGAUGUAGCAUUUCA